ACGCUGUCAAAAUCCUCCGCUCAUUCUAAAGCUCCUCCCUGAUUGGUCGCUCGUUGAUUCCCUGCACUAAGAUGGCGGCGCGCUUGGUCUUGAGAUACCUUGCCCGGCAGGGAUCUUGGGGACGUGCAGAGAGACGAGCACUUUGUACAAGCGGGAGUGUAGUCAGUAGCCGGUUGUACGAUCAUGUUCGGGAUGGAUACAGUGCUAAGCCCCAGCUUGAUAUGGAAGGUCUCACUCGUGACCUGAAGGCGGCCGAGCGGGAGUAUCUAGAGCGGAAGUCGGGGUCACAGCAUGGAGAGCUGAAAGAAGUGAUUGCAAUCUGGAAUCAUCUAGAGAAAGUGAAACAAGAAAUUGAGAGACUGGAAGAGGAGAAAACUGAAAUAGCCAAAGAAGUAAAGCAUAUGGUGAUUUCACAAGAGAAGCAGAGCUUGCAGACGAAUCCAAGAUAUGCUUUGAUCAGAAAACAAGGAAAGGAUAUCCGUUCACGACUUAGCACUUUAUAUAAGGAAGAGUCAAACCUUGAAGGAUCUUUUUACUCUCGAGCUCUAAGACUUCCGAAUAGAACCCACCCAAACACUCCAGUUGGAGAUGAGAGUAAAGCUCUGGUGCAAGAAGUUGUUGGAGUAAAACCUGAGUUUGAUUUCGAAAUAAGAGGCCAUCUUGAGAUCGGAGAAGAUUUAGAUAUUAUUAGACAGAGACGCCUCUCACAUGUGUCCGGUCAUCGCUCAUACUAUCUGCGUGGAGCUGGAUCUUUAUUGCAGCAUGCACUUGUGAACUUUACGAUCAGGAAACUUGUGAAUAAGGGAUUUAUUCCAAUGUCUGUGCCAGAUGUGCUAAGAGGAGCUGUAUUUGAAGGUUGUGGCAUGCAGGCAGAUGCUCAUGUCUCACAAGUCUAUAGCCUGGAUCCAUCACAGCACCCUGACAUGAACUUGGCAGGCACCUCUGAGGUUGGAAUUGCAGGCUAUUUCAUGGAUCAUGCAGUAAUGUUGCCAGAUCUUCCAGUUCGGACAGUUUGUUGCAGCACUUGCUACAGGGCAGAAACUGACACAGGACGUGAGACAUGGGGACUAUAUAGAGUCCAUCAUUUUACAAAGGUGGAGAUGUUUGGGGUUACAGCUAAUGAGAGUGGAACAGAGAGCCAAGAAAUGCUGGAUGAAUUUCUUGGUCUGCAGAAAGAGAUCUUCUCUGAGCUUGGCUUACAUUUCAAAGUUCUAGAAAUGCCCACACAAGAACUUGGUCUACCAGCCUAUAGGAAAUAUGACAUAGAGGCUUGGAUGCCUGGACGUGGAAAAUAUGGAGAGAUAUCUAGCACUUCCAAUUGCACUGACUACCAGAGCCGAAGACUAAACAUUAUGUACCAGAGGCAGGAUGGGGAGCUGCACCAUGCACACACUGUCAAUGGUACUGCCUGUGCUGUCCCACGACUCCUGAUUGCAAUUCUUGAGUCCAAUCAAACAAAGGAUGGUACAGUACUUAUCCCUGAAGUCUUGCAGCCUUAUAUGGGGACAGAUGUAAUUGAAAAACCCAGAUAUAUUCCUGCCAGAUACAUUGGUCCAAACCAGAGAAAGCAAGAUAGUGUUCUGGCAUAGACACUCAAAGUGCAUCAAAAGAAGGAAUAUAACGAGAAUACUGAGGCCUGUUAUGCUGCUAUAUAUAUAUAUAUAUAUAUAUAUAUAUAUAU